AUGGAACAGCAAAUUCGCGCUUGGCUACGCUACUCGCUCGUCUUCGGCUUCUAUAUGAGCCCAACCACAAACAUCAGCAACAACUCAGCACAGCCAACAAGUCUCUACGCAGCGCUACCGCGGAACGGUUUUAAAUUUUCACUGCAGCGUUUGAAGAAACUCUACCUCUUCGCAUUGCUGCCCUGGCUCUGUGGGCUCUAUGUGAACGGCCUGUUGUCGCGCAAACCCGUACCGGGCACCAUGCUCAGCUGGACCGUGGCAACAAUGUUCUUUAGCUCGCAAGCGCUCUCGACUAUACUCAUGACGGCCGAAGGCAUCUGGCGUCAACAGCAGCAUGAGACAUUCUUGCGUCUGCUGCACGAAAUCGAGUUCUCAUUGCGUCUGCGACUCAGACAGGAUAUCAAAUUGGAUUGGCUUUUGCCAAAUGUGCGUCAGCUGUUAAGAUUUAUGCUUUGGCUUUCCGUCAUUUGUGUGCUCAUAUUUGUGUAUAAUUUCGUUAAGCUGCAAUAUAUCGGUUACUUUUGGUAUUCCAUUUGGUUCGCGGUAGCGAUGCGUUUGCGCUUAAUACAGCUGCUGAUCUAUAUGCGUGUGUUGCGUCAUUACUUGGAGUGUCUUUGCUUGAAAUUGCAACAGCUUGUUGCAUACCGUACGGCGCCUAGCCAACAGCUCUUGGAUAUCAACUAUGAGAAACUCCAGACACUCGAUUGUCUUCUUGCCAUUAAGCAAAUCUAUGACUUGCUCUACAAAGCAUUUGAGCUGCUCAAUGAGUUUGCCGGCUUGUCGCUCUUCAGCGUCAUUUUCAGUUACAUGUUGGACUAUGGUUGUACGCUGUACUGGGCGCUACUCAGCUGGGAGGGUUAUCUCGAACGUCGCAAUUAUUAUGUGGCGUGCUUUUGGUGGCUGUUGCCCAUGACUAUUACCAUCUGGCAUCUCUGCUAUUUGUGCCAUAAUUGCAAGCAAUUGGAUCGCUUGAUCGCAAACUUGCUAGCCCGCAUAAUUAUUGUGAGCUCCACACAGUCCAUGUGCGCUUAUCGCAUAUUCCUGCAACAAUUCUCUACACAAUUGCAGCUGCAGUGCAUCGAGGUGACCGCCAGAAAUUUCUUUACACUGAAUUUACGUCUGAUUAUGUCGAUUUGCACAUCCACAGCGGCCUGUUUGGUGAUAAUUAUACAAUUUUUAAAUAUUUAA